AGAUAUGAUGAAUGCAAUCUCAAAUGGAACAAAUUCAUCCAUAAUUGAAAUAAGAAACAUGAUGGAGUCAUCAUUAAGCCAGUUUCAAAAUUCCUCGAACGAUAUCGCAAACAACAUGGAAGCAUUAUCUCACCAUACUAAGACGUCAUCGAAGGAUUUGAAGAACAUGUUCAAAUAACAAUCAAACCAAAUUUAAACAUCGAUUAGUAAUAUAGGAAGCAUGAUGGAAGCAUCUUUUAGUCAUUUACAAAAUUCCUCGAAGGAAUUCGCAAACAAUAUGAUAGCAUUAGUUAACCAUACCGAAACGUCAACAAUUGACUUGAGGCACAUGUUCAAACAACAUUCUAACGAAGCUCAAACAACGAUCAAUGAAAUAGGAAACUUGGUAGAAGCAUCUUUGAGCCAGUUACAUAAUUCUUCAAAUGAUAUUUCACACAAGUUGAAAGCAUUAUUUGAUCACACAAACACGUCUUUGAUAGACGUGAAGGACAUGUUAAAAGAUCAAUCUAAUGAAAUCAAAAGUUUGUUAGGAGACAUGAUCAAAGAUGUACUUAAAGAACUUAAAAAUGAAUUGAAAACAGUCAUUGAAUCGAGUAUUGGAGGUGGCUGUGUAAAUAACAGUUUAAACGUCACUACCGGUGAAUGCGUAGACAGCUGUUUGAGAGUCGCUGACGGGGAUUACCAGUCAUGUGACACUUGUCACGGCUACGUGACGUGUGCAAAUAAUUAUAUAUAUCAGAGAAAUUGUUCUACUGAUCAUUUAGAAUGGAUGAUAAUAAAAAACAACGUGUUUGGCAAAGCGAGACUUGCCAAUAAUUUCACUUCUCGUGAUAAAUUAAUUAUUCUGUUUCAUCAAAUUACACAAGAUAACCAAUGGUCCGUCUCCAUUGUACAGACAUAAGCUAAACCAGCAGACUGUUUUAUUACUAG